UCGAGGGCGGCGGGGCUUGGCGUGACCCCGCGUGAAGUCGAUGGAGGCGUGAUCUGGGCGUGGCCUCGGGGAGGCGGAACUCCGGCCGCGGUAUUUCCGGGGCAGAGAUGCUCACGCCUCCGGCUCCGGGCUCAAGUCUGCGGACUUCCGGCUCCCGGCGUAGACGCCUUGGUGCUCUUCCGGUUAUGGGGAAGCUGCUGCAGAAACGCGUGGUGCUGCCCAGGACCUGUCCACGCAGCCGGGAGAGCCUCAGCAACGCGGGUCUGAGAUUUGAGGUGGUUCCCUCCAGGUUCAAAGAGAAGCUGGACAAAACCUCCUUCGCCAUGCUGUAUGGGUACGCCAUGGAGACCACCAAGCAGAAGGCUCUGGAAGUGGCCAACCGCAUGUACCAGAAGGACCUGCGAGGUCCGGACAUGGUCAUCAGAGCGGACACGAUUGUGACCGUGGGGCGGCUGAUUCUGGAGAAGCCAGUGGACAAGCAGGACGCCUACAGAAUGCUGUCACAGUUGAGUGGCAGAGAACACAGUGUGUGCACCGGUGUGGCGAUCGUCCAGUGCUUCAGCCAAGACAAUAAGCUGGACACCAGGGUCUCGGAAUUCUACGAGGAAACGAUGGUGAAGUUCUCGGAGCUGUCGGAGGACCUGCUCUGGAAAUACAUCCACAGUGGGGAGCCCAUGAACAAGGCAGGCGGCUACGGGAUCCAGGCUCUUGGCGGGAUGCUGGUUGAGUCAGUGCACGGGGACUUCCUUAAUGUUGUCGGCUUCCCACUCGACCAUUUCUGCAAGCAGCUGAUGCAGCUGUUCGACCCGCCCCAGCCGGAGGAUCUGCAGCGCGUCAAGCACGGCUCUAUCCUGGCCAUGGACACCAUCGAAGACCUCAGCGACAUGGACGAGGGCGGCCCGGCGCCCGCUCGGAGGGACAAGGCUGAGGCUGGAGUGGCCAGAGAGGCCACAGCAGAGGCUGAGGGGAACAGGACCCGUAAGACCCUGCCCCCGUUCCCCACAUGCCUCCUGGAACUCAUCAAUGGCUUCAAAACAUCGAAGGUACCUGUGUCUGCAUCCUCGGGCCACUGCUGCCAUGCCUAUGACAUGUGGGCCUUCACCUGUCCAGAAGUCCUGCUGGCCAGGCGGGAGGUGGACCUGGUGCCUGGAGGGUACACCGGGCAGGGGUUAGUGCCCUCAUCCCCUGCCCUAUUCAUCGCCUGCAAGCUGAAUGUGUUUGAUCUGUUAAAAGAUGAAGCUCCCCAGAAGGCCACGGGCAUUGCCAACAAAGUGGACGCCUCUGUGUGCCGCACGGAGAGGCUUCUGGACUUCUGCGCAUGCCUGGGGUUCCUGGAGAAGUCAGAGCAAGGUAAUGAGACUCUAACUUCAGCUUUGGCCCUGAGAAUCUUGGGUCGCUGCUACUCCCAAAAGGAUGAGAAGCAGAGAGUGGAUGAGAGAGGGAACAGCAGCGACUGCGAGUCCUCCGCCUUCCAGCCUCUCGUUCUGUGGGAGGGGGCGUCCUGGCAGGGAGCUUGCGGGCUGCGUCUGCGGACAGCUGACCUGGGCAUGAAGUGGCAGGACGCACGCCAGGCGGAAAGGCUCCGCGGCGGCUCCCCCUACCUGGAACACAUCUUCCGCCUUCUUCCCCUGCACCCGGUGGUGCUGGUUUCUUCCCUCUCGGACGGCGAACUCCAGAGCCCCGAGAUGCGGCUGUGGUUCAUGCACGCCAUGCACGGCCUGUCCAAGCUGAAUGCGCAGUACAUAGCCACCGCCUUUGACCUGUCUGGCUUCUCCUCCACCUGCGACGUGGGAGGAUUCCCUGCAGGGUGCACGGGUGCACUGGCCCAAGAGCUGGUCCGGGAGAACCCACAUCUGCAGGUGACCAUGUUCAAGCUCCCCGAAACCAUCGAGCUGGCCACACACUUCCAACCCACCGGGCCGCAGGCGGCUCAGAUCCGAUUCGCUGCCGGUGACUUUUUCCGGGACCGCCUCCCCCCCGCAGACCUGUACAUCCUGUGCCAGAUCGUUCAUGACUGGCCGGAUGACAGAGUUCACGAGAUACUCAGCAGGGUUGCCCAGAGAUGCAAGCCAGGGGCCGGCCUGCUGCUGGUGGAGACACUCCUGGACGAAGAGAAGAGGGAGGCCCGGGUCGCCCUGCUGCAGUCGCUGAACAUGCUGGUGCAGGCGGGGGGCAGGAAGCGGAGCCCAGGCGAGUACCAGCGCUUGCUAGAGCAACACGGCUUCUGCCAGGUGCAGGUGGCACACUUGGGGGGUAUCCUGGAUGCCAUGCUGGCCACCAGAGUGGGUCCCUGAAGCCCAGGCAGCGUG